AUGGGUGACCUGGACGAAGAAGGUUGGCGCAACGCUGCCCGCGAAGGAGAAAUUACAGAGCUGGGAAAACUCGGCGAAGGAACAAGCGGCACAGUAACGAAAUGUGCCCUGAGAAGCAGUGGCGUUGUAUUCGCUCUGAAGACAGUACCAGCAGAUCCGAAUCCAGAAGUACAACGUCAAAUCCUACGAGAGAUCGCCUUCAACAGAUCAUGUUCGUCACCGCAUAUCGUGCAAUAUUAUGGCGCCUUCUUGGCAGAUCCACAUUCUAAUCUUUCUAUCUGCAUGGAGUUUUGUGAGGGAGGAUCGUUGGAUGCUAUUUAUAAGAGAGUGAAGGCACGAGGUGGCAGGACGGGAGAGAAGGUGCUGGGAAAGAUUGCGGAUGGAGUUCUGAAUGGACUGGGUUAUCUUCAUGAUCGUCGGAUCAUUCAUCGAGAUAUCAAGCCGUCCAACAUCUUGCUCACCCGCGCUGGUCAAGUUAAGUUAUGUGAUUUUGGUGUCUCGGGAGAAUUAGUCAACUCCUUGGCAGGCACGUUUACGGGGACUUCCUACUACAUGGCUCCAGAACGCAUUCAGGGAGAGCCAUACACCGUCACAUCAGAUGUCUGGUCACUCGGUCUCACCCUCAUGGAAGUCGCCCAAAACCGCUUCCCAUUUCCUCCAGAAGGCGAGCCACCUCUCAUGCCAAUCGAACUCCUAACCUACAUUGUCUCGACCCCAAGUCCGGAACUUCAAGACGAACCACAACUCGGAAUCAAAUGGAGUGCAGCCUUCAAGCACUUCCUAAACAUCUGCCUAACCAAGGACAGAACACAACGACCAUCGCCACGACAGAUGCUGGGCCAUCCAUGGGCGGAAGGAAUGAGGCAGAAAAAGGUGGAUGUGGCAAAGUUUUUGCAGCAAGUGUGGGAGUGGGAGGCCUGA